AUUUCUAAGUUUCUUCGAGUUUUAGCUAGUUCUCAACGCUUGGUUUCUCAUGUUAUCCCUUCUUGUAUCCAACAAGGGGGCUAUUACCCAAGCCUCCAUUCUUGGAGUUCUACUAUGUCUCGCUACAGCUCUGUUUAGCCGUUCCCUUCGAAAAGCAAGUCCGGCGAAAAAAUAUCCAGCGGGACCCAAAGGAUGGCCCGUGAUCGGAAACUUGUUCCUUUUCCCAGAUGUCUCCGCGGGCAAUGACAAAACGCUCACCUCCAUGGCAAAAGAAUUUACUGGCCUUUGCAUGCUCUGGCUUUUUUCACGGCCAGUGUUGAUUGUGACCAAGCUGAGGGAUGCCAAAGAAUUAAUGGACAAACGAGGGGCCAUUUUCUCCGAUAGGCCUCCAUUGAAUAUCGUCGUGAAAAAGAUUUGGCCAAACAUGUUGCCGAUCAAACCCUCUGGUGAAGGAUUUCGAUUUCUGAGGCGAGUUUAUAUUGACCUACUUGGUCCCCAGACAUCGCUAGCGGUAAGGAAGUAUCAGGAAUAUGAGUCGAGAAUGAUGCUUCGCGAUCUAUAUAAUACCCCUGAAGCGUUCAGAGCCCACACAGAACGAUUUUCAACGAGUGUGAUUUUCAGUGCGGUGUAUGGAGUAAGAGUCACCCGCCUUGACUAUCCCAUCAUGCGUGAGCUAUUCGACAUAUUAACUCGUGCAGCAGACAGCGUUCUGCCGGGAAGAGUGUUGGUAGACUAUGUACCAAUUCUCGAGAGGCUACCCGAGUUUCUUCAGCCAUGGCUUUGGUCUGCGAACUCAUUACGCCGUCGCGAAGAUGCACUUCACGCCGGGUUUUUAGCAGUCCUAAAAAAACAGAUAGAGACUGGAGCAGAGUCUUAUUGCUUUGGUAUUGAUGUUUUGAAGCUUCAAAAGAAAAAAGGGCUUGACGACAGGCUUACGAUAGAUAUUCUCAAGGGAAUAAUUGAUGUUGGCUCCGAAACUACCAGUAGCAUGAUGCAAUCUAUCAUCAAAGUACUGGCAAUGCAUCCCGAGGCUCAGAAAAAAGCCCAAGAAGAGCUGGAUCGGGUUGUAGGCCCUUCACGUCUACCGACCUGGGAGGAUAGUUCCAGCCUUCCAUAUAUCCGGGCUCUCAUAAAGGAGCUCCAUAGGUUUGCUCCUCUUUUGUAUAUUGGGGUACCACAUGCCUCCACAGAAGAAAUAUCUUACAAAGGACUCACGAUACCAAAAACAAUUCUGCUGCCGAAUGCGUUUGCUCUUUCAAGGGAUCCUGAGCGGUAUGCCGAUCCUGAUGCGUUUGCACCGGAGCGGUUUCUUGGCGAUGACCUCGACGCUUUCACCAGCGCGAAGCAGGGUGAUUUCCUUAAACGAGACCACAUCAACUAUGGUUGGGGCCGAAGACUUUGCCAAGGUAUUCAUCUGGCUGAGAAUUCGUUAUAUAUGCAAGUUUCUCGUGUUCUGUGGGCUUUUGACAUUGCGACCAUUCCUGGAGAGCCACCUCUCAAUAUUCAUGAGAAAGACGGCGGAUUCAUUAAGAAGCCUAAGGCUUUCCGAGUAUCCAUUACGCCUCGAUCUGACGAAGCAGUUCAAGUGCUGCUACAGAGCGCGGAAGAGGCAGUGACAGAGCUCCCAGAUGCAGAUACCGUGGAGAUGUCUUUUUAAUUGCGAAAGACAUUGCAAUGAGGAAAGAGCGUAUGUUUUAUUGGUGAUGCUGAUAGUAUCAACGGAUGUAUGUUCCACACAUCUAUAUUCGGAAGCUUUUCAGACCAGAUCACGUUUACAUGUCCCAAAUUGACGCUGCAUAUCAUUGAUCACAUGUAUUAUUGAGACGAAAAGAUGAGCGGGGUAGAGCCCACCCAUGGAAUGAGUGAAAUA